AUGGCUUCAAGACAUUUUGCACUGUCCCGACAAUGCGGAAAUGAAGACAAACAACAGCGAAACGUCCGCGUUAUCUGCAAAGCACUGACAAUCUUAUUCAACGCUGCUCUUUCCUUUAUGCCACUUUCUUUGCGAGUGCGGGGAACUGACGCCAAACAACAAGCCUUGUCGCAGACCGUGAAUAUGUGCUGGUGUGACAGCCCACCGCCCUAUGCAGACUUCCUUUGUACCCAGGUUAGCGGAAAAGCACAACAAAUGCCAUGCAUUGCCAUCCCCGCCGCUCGACUUGGACGGGGAUAUUUGGGGGUCAGUGGGGUAUUGAAGGCAGGGUUCCGAGCUCCCAUCCAGGCUAUAAAGCAGUCCGCGCGAGAGCAUCACCUCGAUCUUUUUCUCUUCCAACCGUGCUGCCCAGUCUCUCCAUUUUCCUCUCCAUUUUGCAUCAUGACAACGCCUUCCCCCACCAACCCGGACUGGUUGAACAAAGGCGACAAUGCCUGGCAGCUCACCGCUGGUAGUCUUGUCGCCCUCCAGAGCGUUCCUGGUCUGAUGAUCCUCUACGCUGGCAUGGUACCCACUAAAUGGGCCGUCAACUCUGCCUUCAUGGCCUUCUACGCCUUCGCCGCCGUUCUCAUCUGCUGGGUCGUUUGGGCAUACAAAGCUGCGUUCGGCGAAAAAAUGCUUCCAUUCGUCGGCACCCCAGGCCCUGUAGUUGCCAUGAAUUGGGAGCUUAAGCAGGCUGUGCUACCAGCAGCUAAAAUCACGGCAAACUUUCCCCUGAGCACUAUGGUCUACUUCCAAUUUGUCUUCGCAGCUAUCACACUUAUCCUUAUGGCGGGCGCGUUUCUUGGCAGAAUGAGUUUCCGCGCUUGGAUGGUAUUUGUCCCUCUCUGGCUUACGCUCUCCUACACUGUUGGUGCAUUCAGCCUUUGGGGCGGAGGUUUCCUCUUCUGGAAGGGUGUCAUCGACUACUCCGGAGGCUACGUUAUUCAUCUCUCAUCUGGCACAGCCGGGUUUGUCGGAGCAUACUGGAUUGGUCCACGACUUAAGACUGACCGGGAGCGAUUUACGCCACACAGCACACUACUUAUGCUCACCGGCGCCGGGAUCCUCUGGAUCGGGUGGAACGGAUUCAAUGGUGGUGACCCAUAUGCCGCUAGCCCUGAUGCAGGUGCUGCCGUCCUCAACACCAACAUCUGUACCGCAAUGAGCCUCCUAGUCUGGACAGGUUUGGAUAUAAUAUUCUUUAAGAAGCCCUCCACCAUCGGCGCCGUCCAAGGUAUGAUCACCGGUCUCGUCGCCAUCACCCCCGCUGCGGGUGUCGUCGCCGGCUGGGGUGCGGUUAUUAUUGGGGCCUGCUCUGGCAGCGUCCCUUGGAUAACCAUGAACAUCGCAGGCAAGCGUCUCAAAUUCUUUGAGAAAGUUGACGACACACUUGGUGUCGUGCACACCCACGCUGUCGCUGGGGCCCUCGGCGGCUUCCUCGUCGGCAUCUUCGCGACCGCAGAAGGCUGUCUCGCUUUCGCCGCUGUUUCGCCCGGCGGCGCGAUCGCGGGCAACGGCAAACAAGUCGGUUGGCAAAUCGUGGGCGCUUUAUUCAUCAUCGGUUGGAACAUCUUCUGGACGUCCGCUAUUCUGCUGUUUAUCAAGUACGUCUUACGCAUUCCUCUGCGCAUGACUGAGGAGGAGCUUUUGGUGGGUGAUGACGCAAUCCAUGGGGAGUCCGCAUAUACAUUUUCUGAGCCUCGUGAUCACCACCAUCCUAUGACGCUUCAUGGCUACGGGAGAGGCGGGCAGUUCGAGCUCGAAGACGAAGACGGCGGCUGGAGUGCAGCCGGAGAAGCAGGAUUGAUUUAUUGGGAGGAUUGGGGUUGGGAUGGGGUUAAGUGA